CACGACGAUUCACAUGGACACGGUGGUCACGGUGGUCAUGGUGGUCAUGAUGGCCAUCAUGAACAUAGCAGUUAUGUUAUAACUUCGCAUGGUGGAGGACAUGACGGCGGACAUGGUGGAUAUGAUGGUGGACAUGGUGGUCAUGAUGGCGGUCACGAUGGAGGACACCAUGGCGGUCACGAAGCUCACCAUUAUCCUAAAUAUGAGUUCAGUUAUGGUGUUGAAGAUAAACAUCAUGGAGAUAAAAAAAGUCAAUGGGAACAUCGUGAUGGUGGCCAUGUGAAAGGUAGUUACUCACUUAAGGAAGCUGAUGGCACUACUCGUGUUGUAGAAUACACUGCUGAUAAACACAGUGGGUUCAAUGCUAAGGUUCAUAAAAUCGGACAUGCCCACGGUGGUCAUGAUGGAGGUCACGAUCAUGGUCACGGACAUGGUCAUGGUCAUGGACAUGGUGGUCAUGGAAGCAGUUACGUUAAUGUUAAACAACAUCAUUAA